AUGGCACAGAAACAGGUGCCUCUGCUGGUAGAUUACCAUUAUCUACAGAAACAGGUGCCCCUGCUGGUAGAUUACCAUUAUCUACAGAAACAGGUGCCCCUGCUGGUGCCCCUGCUGGUAGAUUACCAUUAUCUACAGAAACAGGUGCCCCUGCUGGUAGAUUACCAUUAUCUACAGAAACAGGUGCCUCUGCUGGUAGAUUACCAUUAUCUACAGAAACAGGUGCCUCUGCUGGUAGAUUACCAUUAUCUACAGAAACAGGUGCCCCUGCUGGUAGAUUACCAUUAUCUACAGAAACAGGUGCCCUCUGCUGGUGCGCUGUUGUUUGCCCUUUGUCAGCUUGCCGUCGUGCGAUGUCACCUGAAUGAAGGAUACUACUUCGGGCAGUUCCCAGCGGGGUUUGUGUGGGGGGCCGGGUCCUCGGCCACUCAGACAGAGGGAGCAUGGAGAACGCAGGGUAAGGGAGAGACUUUUUGGGACCGCCUUGUGCACGUACCUGGCAACGUCUUCAACGUCUAUACGGGCAACAUCACCUGCGACCACAGAUACAGGGAGGACGUGAACAUCGUGAAGAAUCUGCAUGUGGGCGACUAUCAAGUCUUCAUUGCCUGGAUCUGCCUGAUUCCCCCUGGGAGGCUAGCUGACGCCGGCAUCAACUACUACCACAGACUGAUUGAUGAACAUCUUAGUAACGGGAUUCGACCCAUGGUCACUCUGUACCACUGGGAUCUGCCUCAAGUCCUCGAGGACAGCGGAGGCUGGUUAAACGAGUCGAUUGUGGACGACUUCAUGAAUUAUGCCAAUCUGACCUUCUGUGAAUGUCGUGACAAGGUGCAGUUCUGGAUCACAUUCAACGAGCCGCAAAUCAUCUCAAUCCUCGGGUACGGGGAAGGGGCGUUUGCCCCCAAGAAGAGGGACUUCUACAUCGUAGCGAGACAUCUCAUCCUGGCACAUACGAAAAUACUCGAUCUCUACAAUAACACCCACAGAGUCUCACAAGAGGCUAUCACGAUGGACGAGUGCAAUGUGAAAGGCUACACGGCGUGGUCUCUGAUGGACAACUUCGAGUGGUUGACAGGUUAUCGUGAGAAGUUUGGCAUCCAUCACGUCGACUUCUCCCAACCAGACAGACCCCGCACCCCAAAAUCUUCUGCUAAAUGGUACACGGGUCCAAUAGAUGACAACGGCUACCGUUCAGGAUACACUCUGCCCGGGGGUCAGGGCACUGCUGUUGAGGGGGAUGACGACUUCUACUACGGUACUUUCCCUGACGAUUUCAUUUGGGCGGUGGCGUCAGCGGCCUAUCAGAUUGAAGGAGCCCUUGAUGCUGACGGCCGAGGUGAAAGCAUCUGGGACAACUUCGCCGCUAUCGACAAGAACCGCACAGGAAGGAUUGCAUGUGACAGUUAUCACAAAUACCAAGACGACGUCAAUCUCCUGAAGAACAUGGGGGUCAGUCACUAUCGGUUUUCCAUCGCCUGGUCUAGAAUAUUCCCUGAUGGAACUCUCCGGUCCAAGAACCAAGGUGGAAUCGACUACUACCACCGGCUGAUUGACGCCCUGCUGGUGGCGGGUAUCAAACCUAUGGUAACUCUGUACCACUGGGACCUGCCACAAGCACUACAGAACUGGGGAGGCUGGACCAACUACUCCAUCAUCAACAACUUCAGGGACUAUGCAGACGUGUGCUUCGAAGAAUACGUCAGCAAGGUGGACUUCUGGGUCACCUUCAACGAGCCAUGGGUGUUCUUGAUCAAGGGACUAGGGACAGGCGAGAUGGCCCCGGGGUACAGGAAUAUCGGGGACGAGCCCUACCAGGGGGGACACAACGUGCUGCUGGCCCAUGCCGAGGCCUACCAUCUGUUUGACAAGAAAUACAGAGCCCAGUAUCCGGAUGUCCAAGUCAGCAUCUCCCUCAACAUCGACUGGGCCCAGCCUAAAGACCCCCUCAACCCUGCAGACAUCGAAGCAUCGGAGUGGGCGAUGCAUAUGUUCCUGGGAUGGUUUGCUAACCCCGUAUAUGGUAAUGGGGACUACCCGGAUGUAAUGAAGCGGAGAAUUGCUGCCGUCAGCGCAGCGCAGGGAUUAACCCAGUCCAGGCUUCCUGCAUUCACAGAAGAACAGAAGGCGUUCAUCAAAGGCACCUAUGAUUUCUUUGGCCUGAACCACUACACCACCCAGUACGUGAGCAAACAGAACGAGAGUCUAGCUGGAGAGAGUGACCCUAACUACUUCAACGACAGAGGAGUGGACACGGAGUUCGAUCCACUGUGGAUCAAAUCCGGGUCUUCGUGGCUGCGGGACACACCAUGGGGUGUACGGAAGGUCCUCGGCUGGAUCAAAGACAAGUACGGCGAUAUACCGAUCUACAUGACCGAGAACGGCUUUUCAGACAGAAGUGGUGUUCUUGACGACCAACACCGGGUACAUUUCUUCAGAUACUACAUCAACGAGGUGAUGAAAGCAAUUCACCUGGACAAGGUCAACGUCCGGAGCUACACGGCGUGGUGCCUCAUGGACAACUUUGAGUGGUUGUGGGGAUACACCGAGAGAUUCGGACUUCACUACGUCGACUUCGACGACCCCAACCUUACACGCAUACCUAAGGAUUCGGCCGCGUUCUACAGACAUGUGAUCCAAGACAACGGGUUCAAGAAAGGUUCACUCACUGACCCCAACAGACAACCACUUCCGCAUGAACACAACUUCCUGUAUGGACAUUUCCCAGAAGACUUUGCGUGGGGUGUUUCCAGUUCCGCUCUGCAGACGGAGGGAGACGGCAGUUUGCAUGGUGACAUUCUCUUUGAUUCUACAGUCAUAUCAGAGAGUGACCAUGAAUGUAGAGGCGAGAGUCUGUGGGACGGGUUCACCUCAGCUGAAGACGGCCCCAUGUCCUACCAACACUACAUGGCAGAUGUACAGGCUCUGAAAGAUAUCGGGGUCACGGUGUACCACCUCUCUCUGUCCUGGCCUCGGAUCCUGCCACAUGGCGCCUCUGAGAACAUAAUCCGUGAGGGCAUCAAGUUCUACCACAAGCUGCUGAUGGCCAUCACGGAGGCGGGCAUCCAGCCUAUUGUCACUCUACAUCACUGGGACGUGCCUGCUGUCUACACCGACGGCUGGCUUAACGCAGAUAUUGUAGAAGCCUUUGAGAACUACUCAAGAAUAUGUUUUAGAGAGUUCGGCAGAAAGGUAAAAAUGUGGAUUCCUCUAAAUGAUCCAAACGAAAUGGCGUUGCUAGGAUACGAGCAGGGUAGCCACGCUCCUGGAAUUAAAGGUGAAGGUUAUGCGGCUGCACACAACAUGCUGAAGGCUCACGCUUCUGUGUACCGACUAUACCAGCGUGAGUUCAGACAUUCCCAGGGAGGAUCCGCAGACUUCCUGGGUGUCAGCUACUUCACAGCGCACCAGGUGCAGAGGAACAAUAAUUACCCCCCGACUGCAGCAGCCAGCAUUGCUGACGACAUCUCCGUCACGACGUCCGCCGACAAGUCUUGGCCCAGCAUAAACCUGGACUCGCUCCGAGUCUAUCCCACAGGACUCCGUCACAUCCUGAGACGAGCUAAAGACCGUUAUGGCAACAUUCCAAUAUACGUCACUGGGAACGGCGUGUCCGACGACCCGGGCACCACCGACGACAAGCUCAGGGCAUCAUACAUCGUGGACUACACCAAUGAAGUUCUGAAAGCUAUAACCUUAGACAACGUGGACGUCCGAGGCUACGUCGUUUACAGCCUCGUCGACGGCUUUGAAAGAAGAGACGGCUACAACGUCAGCUUUGGCCUGUUCGCGAUCAACCAGACGGGCCCCGGCAGAGCAAAGGUCCUCAAGCUAUCAUCCAAUCAUUACUCUAACGUCAUCAGAAACAACGGCUUUAUCCGCACUACGCUUGUCGUCGUGCGAUGUCACCUGAAUGAAGAAUACUACUUUGGCCAGUUCCCCGCGGGGUUUGUGUGGGGGGCCGGGACCUCGGCCACUCAGACAGAGGGAGCAUGGAGAACGCAGGGGAGGGGCCCUAGUGUGUGGGACACCUUCUCCCGGGCACCUGGUCGUACCCAGGGGGACGCCACCCCUGACGUCUCCGCCGACAGCUAUUCCCACUACCUGGAGGAUAUCGAGCUGCUGAAGAGCCUGGGGGUGUCCUCCUACCACCUGUCGCUGUCUUGGUCUCGUCUCUUCCCGAACGGAGAUGGCACCCUGAACCAAGACGGCGUAAACUACUACAGCCAGCUGCUGCAGGCGUUGCAAGACGCCCACAUCGAGCCUUACGUGACUCUGUACUACUUCGACCUCCCGGAGACGCUGGAGAAGAAAGGUGGAUGGUUGAACGAGGACACUGUAGACAGUUUCACGGCAUAUGCACAAGAAUGUUUUACACUCUUUGGAUCAAAUGUAACGUUCUGGAUUACAAUGCAUGACCCCCACACUGUGGCCUGGAGGGGGUACGGCGAGGGCUCCGCACCCCCGGGGUUGUGGGAACCAGGAAGCAACCCUUACAUCGCCGCCAGAAACCUCAUCCUUGCCCAUAUACGUGCUGUUAGUGCCUAUAAGAGCUCAUUGUCUGGAGGUCAGAUUGGUAUCUCCUUAACCACGGAGGUGUUCGAGCCCGAGGACCCGGCACACGAGGGUGACGUUGCGAGUGCUGAGAGAGCCCGACAGUUCCACAUUGGAUGGUUCGCUAAUCCAAUAUUGAACGGGCAGUACCCUGAGGUGAUGAUAUCUCAAAUCGAGGCUAAGAGUAGCCAGGCAGGAACACCCUCCCGCCUUCCCGACAUCCAAACAGCUCUUCAGAAUAUUCCACAUUCCAAUGAAACUGACUUUUUUGUCGUCACCUUCAACUCAUCAUAUCACGUGACCCACCAGGAACGGCCGAGUUCCAUUGGCCCCAGUUAUCACUACGAUCAGGACAUUCGUGCAACGGAGAAAUGGUCAGCAGAUGCUGUGAGAAAUGCCUUAAAAUGGUUGCACGGUGAAUACCGCGUUCCAGUACAUGUGGCCGGAAGUUACGUCACUCACAAUGCUACGCUUAAAGAUGCCCACCGUAUUAAUUACUUCAAAUGGCACAUUGAUCAAGUUUUGAAAGCAAUUAACUGGGACAGUUGCAACAUCAACGGAUAUAUCUCUAGACCAUUGCUGGAUGGCUUUGAGUGGUCUGAAGGUUACCGUUCCAGAGGAGGACUGUUCUCGGUGGACUUCUCAGAUCCUGGAAGACCACGUACACCACGUGCUUCUUCCCGCCAUUUCUCCCAGAUAGUGCGAGACAACGGGAUCCAGCCCGGGUAUAGUGGUCUGGGAGGCGUGGCGUCGGGGUUCGUGCCGUAUGAGGAUGACACAGAGAUAUAUUUUGACCAGUUUCCUGACGACUUUGUGUGGGCUGCUGCCACCUCCUCGUAUCAGAUCGAAGGGGCGUGGAAUGUAGAUGGUAAGGGAGAGAGUAUUUGGGACCGUCUCGUGCACGCACCUGGCAACGUCUUCAACAACGAUACCGGCGACAUCGCCUGCGACAGCUACAACAAAUACAGGGAGGAUGUGAAAAUCCUGAAGAAUCUGCAUGUGACCGACUACCGGUUCUCCAUUGCCUGGACUCGCCUGAUUCCCACGGGGAGGAUAGCUGACGGUGUCAACACCGCGGGCAUCAACUACUACCACAAUCUGAUUGAUGAACUUCUUAGAAGCGGGAUUCGACCCAUGGUCACUCUGUACCAUUGGGAUCUGCCUCAAGGCCUCGAGGACAGAGGUGGAUGGUUAAACGAGUCGAUUGUGGACGACUUCCUGGAUUAUGCCAAUCUGACCUUCUCUGAAUAUGGUGGCAAGGUGCAGUUCUGGAUCACAUUCAACGAGCCGCCAAUCAUCUCCAUCCUCGGGUACGGGGAGGGGGCGUUUGCCCCCCAAAAAGAGGGACUUGACCCAGAACCCCUACAUCGUAGCCAGGCAUCUCAUCCUGGCACACGCCAAAACCUACCAUCUCUACAAUGCAUCAUUGGUAUAACUGUGAACUACGGCUGGGCCGAGCCGAGAGACCCCCUGGACUUGGCGGACAUCAAUGCAGCUGAGAGGUCUAUCGAGUUCUACGGGGGCAUCUACGGCCACCCCAUCUACAUCGACGGCGACUUUCCUCCUGUUGUCAAGCAGCAGGUGGCUGUUAAGAACAAGGCAGCCAACUGGACCAGCUCCCCACGUCUGCCGCCCUUCUCACAGGAGGAGAAGACACUGAUCAAAGGGACCUUCGACUUCCUGGGCCUGAACUUCUAUACGGCCGCGAUACUGUACAACAACGUGCAGAACGUCAGCGAUCCUCCCAACAUCUACAACGACCAAGACAACGGUGCAUACGCGGACCCCAGCUGGCUUGGAUCUGGGUCCGACUGGCUGAAGGUGACGCCCUUUGGGCUUCGUAAAAUGCUGAACUGGUUCAAGUAUCAUUACAACAACGUACCGGUUUAUAUAACCGAAAACGGUGUGUCUGACCGGAAUGGAACGCUGUAUGAUGAACACCGUGUUCGAUUCCUCCGCCACUACAUCAAUGAAGUACUGAAAGCUAUCAAGCUGGACGAGUGCAACGUGAAAGGCUACACGGCGUGGUCUCUGAUGGACAACUUCGAGUGGCUGACAGGUUAUCGCGAGAAGUUUGGCAUCCAUCAUGUCGACUUCUCAAACCCAGACAGACCCCGCACCCCAAAAUCUUCUGCUAAAUGGUACACGGGUCUAAUAGAUGACAACGGCUACCGGUCAGGGUACAGUCGGCCCGGGGGACAGGGCACUGCUGUGAAGACGAUUGACGACUUCUACUACGGUACAUUUCCUGACAACUUCAUCUGGGCAGCAGCAUCGUCGUCCUUCCAGAUUGAAGGAGCCUUUGAUGCUGACGGUCGCGGUGAGAGCAUCUGGGACAACUUCGCCCGUGUCGACAACAACGACAAUGGAAGGAUUGCAUGCGACAGUUAUCACAAAUACCAAGAGGACGUCAAUCUCCUAAAGAACAUGGGGGUCAGUCACUAUCGGUUUUCCAUCGCCUGGUCUAGAAUAUUCCCUGAUGGAACUCUCCGGUCCAAGAACCAAGGUGGAAUCAAUUACUACCACCGGCUGAUUGACGCCCUGCUGGUGGCGGGUAUCAAACCUAUGGUAACUCUGUACCACUGGGACCUGCCACAAGCACUACAGAACUGGGGAGGCUGGACCAACCACUCCAUCAUCAACAACUUCAGGGACUAUGCAGACGUGUGCUUUGAAGAAUACGGAAGCAAGGUAGAUUUCUGGAUCACCUUCAACGAGCCAUGGGUGUUCCUUGUACUGGGACUAGGGACAGGCGACAUGGCCCCGGGUCACAGGAAUAUCGGGGACGAGCCCUACCAGGGGGGCCACAACGUCCUGCUGGCCCAUGCCGAAGCCUACCAUCUGUUUGACAACAAAUACAGAGCCCAGUAUCCGACAGGCCAAGUUGGUAUUACCCUCAACAUCGACUGGGCAGAGCCAAAAGACCCCCUCAACCCUGCACAUAUUGAAGCAUCGGAGUGGGCAUUGCAUAUGUUUCUUGGAUGGUUUGCCAACCCCAUAUAUGGUAAUGGAGACUACCCGGAUGUCAUGAAGCGGAGAAUUGAUGCCGUCAGCGCAGCGCAGGGAUUUACCCAGUCCAGGCUUCCUGCAUUCACAGAAGAACAGAAAGUGUUCAUCAAUGGCACCUGGGAUUUCUUCGGUUUGAACCACUACACCACCCAGUACGUGAGCAAACAGAACGAGAGUCUAGCUGGAGAAAGUGACCCUAACUACUUCAACGACAGAGGAGUGGACACGGAGUUCGAUCCACAGUGGAUUAAAUCGGGUUCCACGUGGCUGCGGGUUGUUCCGUGGGGUUUACGGAAGGUUCUGAACUGGAUCAGAAACAAAUACGGAGAUGUCCCGAUCUACAUCACGGAGAACGGCGUGUCAGACAGGAGCGGCGUCCUUGACGACCAGCACCGCGUACACUUCUACAGAUACUACAUCAACGAGGUGAUGAAAGCAAUCAACCUGGAUAAGGUCAACAUCAAGUGCUACACGGCCUGGAGCAUCUUGGACAACUUCGAGUGGGCCAGAGGAUACACAGAGAGAUUCGGACUUCACUACGUCGACUUCGACGACCCUAACCUCACACGUACACCAAAGGCUUCAGCAGGGUUCUACAGACAUGUGAUACAAGACAACGGGUUUAAGAAAGGUGCACUCACUGACCCCAACAGACAACAACUUCCGCAUGAAGACGAGUUCCUGUAUGGAUAUUUCCCAGAAGACUUUGCGUGGGGUGCAUUCAGUUCCGCUCUGCAGACGGAGGGUGGCGAAAACUUGCAUGGGAGAGGUGACAGUCUGUGGGACGGGUUGACACGAGCUGAAGACGGCCCCAUGUCGUACCAACACUACAUGGCAGAUAUACAGGCUCUGAAAGAUAUCGGGGCCACGGUGUACCACCUCUCUCUGUCCUGGCCUCGGAUCCUGCCACAUGGCGACUCUGAGAACAUAAACCGUGAGGGCAUCAAGUUCUACCACAAGUUGCUGAUGGCCAUCACGGAGGCGGGCAUCCAGCCUAUUAUCGCCCUACAUCACUGGGACGUCCCUGCUGUCUACACCGAUGGCUGGCUUAACGCAGAUAUUGUAGAAGCCUUUGAGAACUACUCAAGAAUAUGUUUCAGAGAGUUCGGCAGAAAGGUGAAAAUGUGGAUUCCUCUGAAUGAUCCGAACGAAAUGGCGUUGCUAGGAUACGAGCAGGGUAGCCACGCCCCUGGUAUUAAAGGUGAAGGUUAUGCGGCUGCACACAACAUGCUGAAGGCUCACGCUUCUGUGUACCGACUAUACCAGCGUGAGUUUAGACAGUCCCAUGGAGGCAAGGUCGGAUUGGCAGUUCGCUCUGCGUGGUUUAUGCCGAAGACGUCACGUGACCCUGGAGACUGGUUCGGGCAAGCUCUAUCGUUUGCCUACAAAUCUGAUUGGAUGGCUGAUCCAGUAUUUUUAGAUGGGAAUUACCCGGCUGUAAUGAGGCAGGAAGUACGUUUGAGGAGCGAAUACCGUGACAUGACGUCGAGGCUGCCGGUUCUUACAACAGACGAGCAGAAAAUGAUAAAAGGAUCCGCGGACUUCCUGGGUAUCAGCUACUUCACAGCGCACCAGGUGGAGAGGGUCAACAACUACCCCCCGACUGCAGCAGCCAGCAUCGCUGACGACAUCUCCGUCACGACGUCCGCCGACAAGUCUUGGCCCAGCACAAACCUGGACUGGUUCCGAGUCUAUCCCACAGGACUCCGUCACAUCCUGAGACGAGCUAAAGACCGCUAUGGCAACAUUCCAAUAUACGUCACUGGGAACGGCGUGUCCGACGACCCGGGCACCACCGACGACAAGGUCAGGGCAUCAUACAUCGUGGACCACACCAAUGAAGUUCUGAAAGCUAUAACCUUAGACAACGUGGACGUCCGUGGCUACGUCGUUUACAGCCUCCUCGACGGCUUUGAAUGGAAGGACGGCUACAACGUCAGCUUUGGCCUGUUCGCUAUCAACCAGACGGACCCGGACAGAGCGAGGCUCCCCAAACUCUCCUCCAGUAGCUACACCCACAUCAUCAAGAACAACGGCUUUACGACUCCCUCCACGACUACUACUCAGGCGCCUGUGAUCGUAUACAGAAACUGUCCGACAUCGCCGGGGACGACUGUGUUCUUUUCACCAAUAGUACUUUUACUCCUGCUACUCGUGUCAUCAGCACUGUAGUCUUUGUUAGAAAAUACAGGUCUUUAUCAGUACGGUAUCAUAUUCUAGAUGAAGAAUGAACAAACUAAUACUAUUUGAAGAAGUGAUUAUACGCGGUGUGGCAAAGUCACAGUUCUCCCUUCGUGAAGCAAUCAUUCACUUCCCACAGCCCCGAAUUCCAGCACAACUCAUUGGAUCGUGUGGACUGUUACAGUCUUGGACGCUCGUUCCGUGUCUGUAGUGACAAGUACAUUUCUGUAGAUU